UGAGCAGCGCGCGCACUGCUUUCUCUCCCCACACACUCUCACUAACUCUCUCUCGCUCAGUCGGUGUGUGCUCGCGGACCGAGGCGCGUGCUGGCGGAUAUGGCUUCGUUCUCGCUGCAGCCGCCUGGUCGUCGCUCUUUCGCGGACCUGAAGGAGUUUUUUUUCCGACUGACGGACUAACUGAGGACUCAGCCGCGCGUGGGACCCGCUCCGUUUCGGUUUUUGUGUUGUGUGUGUUUGUCGCUGUGUCUCGCGCGGCCAUGCCGGAGAAACUGAGCGUCUGUGACUUCGUGUGUUUGACCAGCGAAGAUCUGCAGAACCCGAACAAUUCAGACUUCCAGAGCAGAGUCGGAGACUGCAGGAGCACCGUGAGCGCUCUGGAGGAGUCUCUGGAGCAGGAUCUGAGUUGUCUGCAGAGGAUGAGGAAGAUGGUGAAGAGCAUCCACAGCACCGGACUCAGUCAUGUGGAGUGUAAGGAACAUUACACAGAGGUUCUGGAGAACCUAGGGAACAGUCACCUCUCUCAGGACAAUAAUGAGAUCUCCACCGGCUUCCUGAACCUGGCCGUGUUCACUCGAGAGGUCACAACGCUCUUCAAAACUCUGGUGCAGAAUCUGAACAGUAUUCUGUCCUUCCCUCUGGAGAGCAUCCUGAAGAGUGAACUCAGAGACACCAGACUGGACCUAAGGAAGCAGAUGGAGAGAAGCUGGAAGGAUUACGAUGUUAAAAUGAUGAAGUUGGAGAGGGAGAGGCAGAAACAGGCCGGGUUGAUCCGGCUGGACACUGUGGAUGUGGUGGAGGACAUGGAGAGAGAGAGGAGGACCUUUCAGCUGCAGAUGUGUGAGUAUUUGCUCAAAGUUCAGGAGAUGAAGAUGCGUCAGGGUCCGGAUCUGCUCCAGAGCCUCAUCAAAUACUUCCAGGCCCAGCUGAAUUUUUUCCAGGAUGGACUAAAAGCUGCUGAAAAUCUCAGUCCGUUUGUGCAGAAGCUGGCAGCCUCAGUCCACACGGUUCGUCAGGACCAGGAUGAAGAAGCGAAGAAGCUCUCUCAGCUCCGCGACUCUCUCAGGAGUCAGCUACAGGUGGAUGGCAAAGAGGAAUACUUGAACAGGAAGAAUUCGGGCCAUGGCUACAGUAUCCACCAGCCACAGGGCAAUAAGAAGUACGGCACAGAAAAAUCCGGGUUCUUGCUGAAAAAGAGUGACGGGAUCAGGAAGGUGUGGCAGAAGAGGAAGUGCGGGGUCAAAUAUGGCUGCCUGACCAUCUCACACAGCACGAUUAACAGGCCUCCCGCCAAACUCAACCUGCUCACCUGUCAGGUGCGGCCCAACCCCGAGGAGAAGAGGAGCUUUGACCUGGUGACCCAUAAUCGUACGUAUCAUUUCCAGGCAGAGGAUGAGCAGGAAUGCAUGAUCUGGGUGUCGGUGCUGCAAAACAGUAAGGAUGCUGCGUUAAACACGGCUCUGGGUGGUGAUGAGCUGCAGUGGGGGAGUGGCCUGCAGGACCUGUCUCGCUCCGUCAUCGCCGGACUCCGAAACCUGCCAGGGAACGAGGUCUGCUGCGACUGUGGAGCUCCAGAGCCCAGCUGGUUGUCCACUAAUCUGGGCAUCCUGACCUGUAUCGAAUGUUCUGGAAUCCACCGAGAGCUCGGAGUGCAUUACUCACGGAUACAGUCACUCACACUCGACAUGCUGAGCACAUCAGAGCUGCUGCUGGCGGUCAGUAUCGGUAACAGCAGGUUUAAUGACGUUCUGGAGGCCAACCUUCGAGACGACUCAAUAAAACCUUUACCAACCAGUAACAUGAAUGCACGUAAGGAGUACAUCAUGGCCAAGUACGUGGAGAGACGCUACGUGCUGCCUAAAGAACAGUCGGAGCCUCUGCGUGUGUACGACACUAUAAAGUCCAGAGACAUCACAGCUUUACUGCAGCUUUACGCUGAGGGGCAGGACCUCUCCAAACCUGCCCACAUACCUGAUCAGGAUCUGAAGGAGACUCCUCUCCAUCUGGCAGUGCGUUUGGCAGAGAAAAGUUCUCUGGCUCUGGUUGAUUUCCUCACACAGAACUGUGGCUGUCUAGAGAAAAAGACAGUGGAAGGGAACACAGCUCUACACUACAGUGCGACGUACAACAAACCUGAGUGUUUAAAACUGCUGCUGAAGGGGAAAGCUACCUUACACACAGUGAACUCAGCUGGUGAGACUGCGCUGGACAUCGCUAAGAGACUGCAGCACUCACAGUGUGUAGAGCUGCUGGAGCUGGCUCACAGUGGGAAGUUUAACUCCCAGAUCCAUGUGGAGUACAUGUGGGAAACUCCGCAGGACAUGUACGACAGCGAGGAUGACCUGGACGAGAGGGUCAGCCCACCCAGAAGCCUGCGCUCUCCUCUGCCCCCUGCUGUCAGUGGUGGGAAUAGCCCCUGGAGUUUCAGCACCAGCGUGACCAAUAAAACCUACCAGAAUGUGGACUUUCUGUACCGCAACCCGCCGGCCAACAGCGCCCCCUCUGGCGGCUCCACGCCCCCUCCGCUCCCUGCCAAGUCCAUACAGAGAGGUCGUUCGGACCCUCAGAUCAGCAUCUCAGUGCAGGAAUCUCACUCCCGCCACAGCUCCAGCUCCUCUGGGGGGUCUUUUAGGAACAGCCCCCCCUCCCCGCUGUCUGAGGCCUCGGGAGCGUUGCCUCGCUCACCCCGCUCUGCCACCGCGCUGAAGAGACAGACGGUGUCCUGGGAGGGACAACCUUUACCAACACACAGCUCCAUAGGGCCUGUCGCUUCAGAGAAGACCACAUCAUAUCGGAGAACAAGCAGUGGAGGUCAGGGAAAGUCUGUAUCCGGUUCUCCAGGUUCGGGUUCUCCAGGUUCCGGAAGCAGCGUGGAGGAACUCUACUGCAGUUUGACCACCAGAACACCUAAUGCUAAUGCUCAGGCUAAUGCUAAUGCUAGCCCUAAUGCCUCAGUGCCCCUCAUACUGCCACCACCACGUUCACGCAAGAACGCCAUGUGCUCUGUGAGGCCGCGGCUCAGGAAGGUUCAGGCUUUAGUGGACUGUAUGGUGGGCAGUUCUGACCAGCUGUCCUUCUGUAAGGAUGAUAUUAUCAUAGUAACCGCUGCUGAUGAUCCACACUGGUGGGUCGGGCACGUAGAGGGGAAGCCGUCCAAAAGCGGGUGCUUUCCAGUCAACUACGUGCUGAAGUUGGGAGAAUGAUUCUUCUGGAAAUUUCCAUCAUACCUUCCCAAAACACAACAGUGCUUUCAGCUGAAAAACACCUGCUCCUGCCUGUUAAUAUGGAAACGCUACCUGACACUCAGCCGGGAGUUACCCAGCAGUAAUGUGGGCUGUGGGAGUUCAGCGCUACAUGCUAAUCCUGACACUUGUGAUAUCUUUUAAUGGAGCUAACGCAGUUUUUUGUGGAUUUCUCUUCACGGUACCCACGGUGUGCAUGUAGUUUUUUUUAUCACUAUAACGCUGUUUGGCGCCCCCUACCUGCCAUGUAUAUGCAAUUGUAGUUUAUUUUGCUAGCAAGCUAAUAUAGCUACCUUGGCUGAUUAAAGGCAGGUGAUUUUUGCAACGGUAACCGACAAAUCACAAAUGGUGAAAGAGUUGAAAUCAGUGGUCUUAGAGUGCUUAUUGUGCUGUUUGCGCACCAGUGGCUGUUUUAGACCCUUUUUUUUGCAACCUAAGACUGCAACAACGAAGGUGUAACAAAGUGGCUCCACCCACAGCUAGACAUCCACCAAUAAGAUAAUGGAAUGCCUCAAAUUCCACUGAACGGAAAACGGCACGGCUUGAAAUCCACCAGUAUAAGAAGGGUACAGCUAAACAUCCACCAAUCAGAGAACAGCACAGCUAAAAACCCACCAAUAGGAGAUUGGAAAAUCUGAAAAUCUUCCAGUCAGUGAACAUCACAGCUACAAAAUCUACCAUUAGGAGAACAAGAUGGUUACAAAACCACCCCAAAGGAGGACAACGCAGCUAAAAAUCCACCAAUCAGAAAGCAGCAUGGCUAAAAAUCCACCAAUCAGGGAGCAGCAUGGCUAGGAAAAAACAUCAAUGGGAAAGAAACAUGUGAAUGAUAAAGUGGACUUUAUGAAGAGUGGUAAUAACGAAGCAGCACUUAUUAAAACGUACAGAAAAGCUGUCAAAAGUUUGGGGACAUUUUUUCUUUUCUUUUUUUUUUUUCCUCCAUUUUUUUCCCUGCAAAAGUUUAGUUCAUCAUAAAGCUGCUCUUUGUGUAUAUUUAUCUUUGACACUAAGCUUCAUAGUUAUAAAAGUGUCUUCCUUGUAUGAAGAGCAGGUUCUGUCUAAAUAAUCAUUUGGUAGUUUUAUGGUCAGUUAUUGCAAAAACAACAAAGAAAAACUUGACAGGUGGUGUAAAUACUGCCCAUCAGUAACAGUGGCUGAAAGCCUAGAUGGGAAGGGGAGAGGAGGCGGUACUAUAGGCACUAAAGGGAAAAUGGAAGCAUCGUCCAGACAGGCAGACACCGGACACUCUUCAGGUCGAUUGGUUAAUGGACGUUCAGUCUGCUUCGUGCCUGGAGGGGGGCGACAGAACGAUAGGUGAUGCUUAUUGACUGAGUUUCAGGUCCUCCACUCAGAUUGUGUGGGAUUGUAUUUCCUUGAUCUCUGACCGGACGGUCUGCUCAUGUCUCUGCUGACCAGCAUUCUCUCUCCCUCUGAGCAGUACUGUCUAAUUUAAUGCAGCUAGAGCGCUACAGUCUUUUAUAAUUGUCUCUAAAUGAGUCUUGGUGCAUGGCUUAAAGCGAUAGUUUGGCAGAAAAGUCUAGUUUACACACUUUCCCUCUUUUUCUCCAAAUUUCAGGGCAGUUCAUUUUAGUUCACAAACAAUAAUAAAAUAAAUAAAAGCCUCAUAAAAAAAAACACCGAACAGUGAGACACAGUGCAAAUACAAAAAUUCAGUUCAUUGAUUGUGUUUGUGUUUCAAUGCUAUUGUUUACUAUGUUAUUUAUUUGAAAAAAAUAUACCAGCCACAUGCUAAUCCUUUAAACUGUACAUGACCUUCAUUUGCAAAGAUGCUGAGCAUAUUUAACAAUGCAAAAGAUUGAUAAAUAUGAGCAAAACAAGGUUUAAGCAACUAAAACAUGUCAUACCCAAAACUGAGUCUAAUUCAAAAUGAAAUCAAAUACAACACUCGACUAAGAGGUCUAAUGAUACAAUAAGAAAUGGAUAAAGCUGCUUAGUCUUUACAAUGGUAAGUUGAGAAUUGAGAAAAUUGAGAAAAGAAAAUCAUGAUUAUUUGUAUUUAAGACAUGCUGGGUUCACCCAAACGUUUAUAGCAGACAGUGUAUAUUCACUGUAAAUCUGUAAUGGAAGCUCAGCCUGUGAAAAAAUAGUGUACCUCUGUUAACAGUCAGCAUUUCCUGAACAGCUUUUGCUGUACAAAACAAAUAAAUGUAUAUAUUUUUAUGUAGGCUGCCAAAAAUGAAUAAAUAUAAAUACAAUUCCUGAAAAAGUUCCUCAUAGUGAUGCAGGUUUGUUGUGACAGUAGUCAUUGUGAUUAAUGACAACCAAACGUAACGUUGAGCUAAUAGUUAAGGAUGGAGUAGUUUUUGAGAUUUGCACGUGUCCAUUUUAUUAAGUGGCCAAAUGGUUGAGUUACCUGUUUCCACACGUUCAGGCACAGCGGAAAAACACUUUUCCCACCAACAUUCCCACUAAUCUAGUCACUUGGUGAGGUGUGAGGUCAUUUGAUCCGUUCUGUUAUCGUAGCUCCGUAAUUAAUUUUAACAGUUAGCACAGAACUGUAGGAUGGCUGCUAAUGUUUUUAGCCAUGCUAAUGUACUUUAGUCCAAGCUUAUAGGUAACAGUCUAAAGUCUAAAGCCCUGUUCAUUGUGAUUAUUUGGAUAGGAUUCCAUGAGGAGGUGGAUAAUGCUAGUUCACCACAGCACUACCAUAAUGUUUAUGGUAUGAUGAUAUGAGUGAUUUGCACAGAAUAAGAAUAUAAAUGACAGAGAUGGGAGCGGCUACUCAAUUUACACACCAUUUUUAGUCCAGAAAAGGGUAAAAAAAAA